CUUGUCGUCUUUGUCACGCUCGGCGUAAAAGUCGAAAACACUGAAACGUCUUCAAGGUAAAUGAGGAUGAAAAGUUAUAUUUGUAUCAAAAGAGAUAAAGGCGUGUUCAACUCGAUGGUUGUUUUCUUGAAGAUUGCACAAAUUGUGCCCUUUUGACCGUCUUCUUUGACUGACUUUCAAAGAGGACGUGGCCCAGACCUGUGGUUUUAAGACUGUCACUCACAUUCUCUAUGGCCAACAAGGAAGAUUCAGGUUCUUCUAUUACUGAUACCAAGAUCAGGGCAUAUGAUAUUGCUCAAAUACUUCAAGCAAAAUAUGCAUAUAUGACAGGUGGCAAAGACAAUGAAGGAAAUGUAGUCAUCACAAUCCCUCUUACAUCUAAGCUGAACAAUGGAGUCAGUGACAAAGACCUGCAAAAGCUAUUUAACUAUUUUACAAGUUUACAGAGCUUUUUUGACAAAGAUGUUGCCAACCAAAAGUUCACCAUCAUUUUAGACAGACGGAAGUCAAAGUGGAGCAGUGUGAAUAACUCUUUGACAAAACUUAAGAAAACGUUCCCUCAUGCUUCUGUGAACUAUGUUUUGGUGUUAAAACCUCAAGGACUUUUUCAGAAGAUCGUUGGUGGUGGGGUGUCAAAUGAGGAAGCACAAGCAGCCUUCAAGAUUGUUGUACUCAGCAAUGUUGCUGACUUGGACAAAUACAUCAAUCAAGAACAUCUGUCUGUGGAUUUGGGUGGAAAAUUGAACUACAGGCAUGAACAAUGGAUUGAGCAUCGAAGUGCAAUAGAAAGAUUUGAUUCCAAGGUCUUCCAAUUAACAAACAAGCUUGAAAUGUUACGACGAAAAUUUGAGAAGACGGAGGUCAAAUCUAACAUUGACGAAAUGGAGUACACGUUAGAAUCACAUCGAGAAAUGUGGAAAGACUUAAAGGAAGAUAUUGUAAGCACUAGAACGUCAGGUAUAACUAUAUUAAAAUGUAUCCAUCCAAAUCGGCAUAAAGAAGACGGCAAGGAUGGAAGCGCCGUAGGACCAGAUGUCAAAGCUAAUACUGAUGAAUUGGAUGGACUUUUCAAACGCUUACAAGACUCAGAUAAUUCAUUUGCACAGUUUUGGGAAACACAUGAUCAACGAAUACGUCAAGGAAUGCAACUUUUACAAUUUGAAAAAGAAGUCAGUCAGGUAACAGGACUACUUCUAUCAGACUCAACCAAGAUUUCUGCAAUGGUGGACGUUGGAGACUGUAAGCCUGCUGCGGAAAAACUGCUGGAAGAAUUAAACGAAUUUCGACUUAUUUGUCAGGAUCACAUCACAAUAGCAGAAGCCUUAUUAAAGCGAGGAACUGAGAUGACGGACAUGAAUCACUUAUCUAAUGUAACCAUAGAAAUGACCUCCAAAGAACUGAAACGAUCUUGCACGGAAUUGACAGAGAAGAUUGAAAAACGAGUAAACCAACUCAAGACUGCAAUGGAUAUUCAUGAAGUUAUUGAUCAGGCAGGUAGAUGGUGCACYAAAGGUAGUGAUCUCCUAGCAACGCAACCAGUAGAGAAAUUCCAAACCACAGAAGGUGCAGAGAAGUGUUUAGAAGAAAUMGAAAACUUCUUAAAGGACCGCCAAGGCGUCAGUCUAAAGAAGCUCAACCAACUUGAUAAAAUGAGUAAAGAAUCAGAGAAUAAAUACUUAAUACAGAAGGUCAAGAAUUGCUUGAAGAGAAUCGGUGAAGUCAAUGAAAUGAUGAGUAAAAGAGAAAAUAGCUUGAAACGUAUGGUUGCUAAGAGACCUGUCCAGCCAGUGAAAGCUCUGCAGGUCGAUACCAAAGGAGAUGGAAAACGGAAAACAAGUACAGCGUCAAUAAAAGAUUCAAAACGUAAAAUAAGCUCCUCUUCAACAGAUGAGGAACGCAAAGGCAAAGCAAGUCCAACACCGAAAAGGCUAUCGAUCGUCUUGACUGACUCGGGACCGCCAUCUCCCGUUCCACUAUCAAAGAAUUAUGCAAAGGCAGUUUCCAUACCGGAUUUGUUAGAUGCAGUCGACGGCGAAGACACAGAAGAAAUCAUCAAGAAACGAAUGCAAAUCAUGAGUGAACUCGUCGCGACCGAGCGUGACUACGUUCAGGACCUUAACUGUAUCAUUCGCGGUUAUGUUAGGGAGUUUGAAAAAUCUCAAGAUAAAGUUCCUGACGAGAUUUUCUCCCAAAAACACUUAAUAUUCGGAAAUAUUGAAGAGAUUUACCGGUUUCAUAAUGAGGAGUUUCUUAAAGAGUUAGAACGAUGUGUUGACAAUCCACUUUUAGUUGGUAAAGUGUUUCAUGAGAAGAAAGACGAUUUUGAACUUUAUGCUGUCUAUUGUAAAAACAAACCGGCGUCAGAGCAAUUACAACAAAAUUUUACAAACCUACCGUUUGUUAAGGAACUUCAAUCCAAGCUUGGUCACAAGUUGCCGUUAACGGCUUAUCUUCUCAAACCUGUACAAAGGAUAACUAAAUAUCAACUGCUACUUAAAGAAAUGAUGAAAAAUACUCGAAAUAAAAGAGAAGCGUACAUUAAUUUGGUGGAAGCACUGCAAUCAAUGCAGGGUGUGUUACGUCAUUUAAAUGACGUCAUGCAUUCCCGAGGACUUCGUGGUUACCAUGGCAACCUUGCAGACCUCGGGAAAUUAUUACUUCAAGAAUCGUUUAUGGUUUGGCAUGUAAAUAAGAGAGGUAUUUUACGAGCAGUAAAGGGAAGAAGGAGGCAGGUUUUCCUGUAUCAAAAGAUGGUUCUUUUUACCAAGAAAGAGGAAGAUUUGAACAGUAAAGAUGUUGUGUGUUAUCACUAUAAGAAUGGUUUGAAGCUGAGUGAAAUUGGCAUCACUGAAACAGUUAAACAAGAUCCUCUCAAAUUUGAACUAUGGCUGAAUAAAAAAUCUGAAAUAUUCAUUCUUCAGGCAUCUUCAGUAGAAGAAAAAGAACGAUGGAUAUCCCAAGUACGAAACGUGCUUCUCAGCCAGUUUGACCAAGCAAAGGCUGAACAAGUUUUCAAAAAACAAGGUUGGAAUUCAGCUCCAAAUAUGCAGGACAUAGAAUCAUCUUGUUCAAAUUUGUCCUUCUUGUCAUUGUCACAGGAAAGAGGGUUGGAUGACUCCAGUCAGCAGGGUGAUUAUGAUGAUGACUUUGAUGAUGGAUCAGAUAGUUUUGAUAGUGAUGACAGUGAUAGUCAAGACACUUCAAUGAAUGCAGAGGAAUCAGCAAUGAGGCAUGGUUAUAUGUACUCUGUGAUAGCAUCAUACUCUGCAGUAGAGCAAGGUGAACUUUCCAUCCGAGAGAGAGCUGCCAUUGAGGUGUUGAGAUUGGGAAAUGAUGGUUGGUGGUAUGCAAGAGAUGUAGCAACAAACCAAGAGGGAUGGGUCCCAGCAAGCUACCUGGAACCAUUGACAAACAAUAACUCUGCUUUGUUUAAAGAAGAACCAGAACCAACAACAACACCUCAACCAAGCAUUGACUAUCGAAAUGAUGCCAUCGAUCAAGAAAGUCUAACUCAAGAAAGAGUCCUUCAUACCAUCCAGAGUGCUGCAACCCCAAUGAGGGCGACACCAGAUGAACCAAGUGAAGAAGACGAGGAGGAACCGAGACGCAAAGAGAAUGAUUGUCAAAGUAUUUUGAAUUUGUUGUAUAAUAUAGCUGAGGAUCAGGCCAGGAAAGAAGGUUUUAUUCACCGUGGUAUAACCUGUAAUACAUGUAAUUGUACACCAAUAACUGGAGUGCGUUACAAGUGCGCAAAUUGUGUAGAUUAUGAUAUUUGUGAAAGGUGCGAGACUCAGGACUGCCAUAACAGAACUCACGUAUUUUUGAAAAUCAUUAUCCCUAUCCCACCAUUGGCCAAUCCAAGGACACCUUGCACAAAUGCGCUGUAUCCAGGCAAGAAAAACCACCCAUGCCAAUUAACUUGGGAUGAAAUUGAAAAAAUAAAAAAUGAGACCCAUUUUGACCAAGUGGAAAUUGAGGCUCUUGUCCAGCAGUUUAAAACUCUUGCAACAGAAGAUCUUGGAAUUACAAAAGAUGUUUUUGAUCAAUGUCUUGGUCCACUUGGACAGCACAGAAAUUUGGUGAUGGAGCAGAUGUUUCGAUUCUAUGACCAAGAUGGAAAUAAUAUAAUUGAUUUAGAAGAAUUUAUCCAUGCUUUAUCCAUUUUAGUCAAAGGCACUCAAGAAGAAAAAAUCCCUUUUGCAUUUAAAGGUUAUGAUAUAGAAUCCAAAGGUUACAUUAACAAAGAGAAUUUGAGAAACAUGUUCAAGGCAUAUUUUAAUGUCAGUUUGGAGCUGGUGCGAGACGUUGUCAAGUCUUGUGAAGAGGAGAUGAUGGCAUCUUUUGAUGAUGCAGCUGAUAAACCUGUGUCAGCUGUAUUUAAUGCGCCAAUACCCAAUCAUGGAACCCCGUCUACUUCUGGUAAACCCUCACAGCAUUACAUGUACUCUAACCAAGGUACGUCUUCACAAAACGGUCCAGAUGGUAUGUGGCCUGUGAUGGAAGCAAUGUCUCAAGAUGCAAUUGAUGAAAUGAUCGACUUUAGUGGCUUUUCCAGCCUGGUUUUUGUGAUGGAAUGUCAAGACUCUUCUUUGCGUGUUGAAUUGCCUCAUGAAGUGGUACUCAGAUGGAAAACGUUACGUUGCCUUUACAAAACCCUACAAACUGUCCAAAAUACUGAUAGUUUAGUUUCGGUUUUACUUCAAAUUUUUAAAGCAAGUGGAUAUGAUUUAUUCUCAGAUCAGCGUAAUAUUGCGGGGAAAAUAGACUGGAACCCUUUCUCUGGAUUACAAAUAUUUCUCGACGAGAUCGCAACAGAUAUCGAGAGAAAGUCUUUCUUUCAAACAGUCUUACCUGUGAUUUCGAGUCUGGCUUCCAACUUGGACAGAUGUGCUCCCGCUCAAGGCUUACAACGUUCUUUCAGACAGAAUUCAUUUACAGCAUCAUUGGACAAAGGAUUUCUAGCAUCAAUUCUUGCAUCACUUUUCCUCUGUGCCAUGCCACCCUGUACAACUUCAAAUAAUAAAACUACAAUAGAUUUUGUCAAGCUUUAUGGAAAUAUUCAAAGACCUGAGUUCAAGGAUCAUGCCAUAGCUAAACUAAGGCAAGUUUUGCAGUAUUUUGAGAGGAUAGCAUCAAAUGAGCUUGAUUUAAGUGGAGAGGUUGUCUUUGAAAGACAGGUUGCAGAAAGGUCAUCUCUUCCCUCCAUCAAAGACUGGAAAGAGUUUUCUGCUGCAUUGUGUCCUUUUAUUGUUGAACAGAAAACAAUUAAGCAUUUUCACAUACUUUCAUCCAAUUGCAAGGUCGACGUUUGUGGUUGUUUCCAUGGUAACAAUAUGAUGGUUGAGAAAGAUGCAAGUUUAGAAGCAUUGAUAGCAUCUGUGUUUGUAGAAGAAUUGGAUGAUAACGAAACACUUCUAAUAAAGGAAAAUGGAGCAAGUGGUCUUGUGGAAAGGUUGAAUAAUUGGAUACCUUCACCCGCUGAGCAACAAACAGGAGAUGCUGUAAGGGGCCUGGUACUGAGAUACCUUAAUCAGGCGCUUACUUGUUUUGACAGCCAAGAAUUAAAAUGCAAGUUUAUGGCAAUGAACUCUGCAAACAGUCAGCCCCACUAUGAUGGUGUCCAGUUUGUGCAAGAUGAUCUCAAUGACAAUAAUGUACUUCCAAAUGAACCCAAACAAAUACAGGACACUGACAUACAUGACAUCACAGCUAUACCUGGAAUUGAUGGGUUCUGCGACUCACUUGUUGACCAAGCCUAUAAUCAGGCACGUGAUGAAAUCGACAUUACUUCCAAAGUGGACAGUCCUGAUACGUUGGAGAGUCUGAUGGUAAAAUCUCUUCAUGAUGUUUUCCAAAAAACACCCGAGAAAGAGAAGGUGUUUUCAGAUAGUAUAAUCCAUUCUCCUUUGCUUCCUAAGUGUUUAAAACAUUUCCAUUCAAACGGCGAUUUUAAUUCUCCUUUGGUACCCAGUACACCACCUUCAUCUCCUGCUAAAAGGGGACUGGUUAAAAAUGGAAGACAAUCCUCACUCGCGCCGUCCAACCCAUUAAUGGAAGAGUUAAGGCUUGGCACUAAAAGUUUUGCUGACUCGCUGGCGGAGGCGUUGAUGUCGUGUGUCUUGCUUUCAUCAUCCUUGGCAACCUCCAUAGCAACCGAGGCUUUAGAUCCAUUGUCAAUCACAUCAGUUACUAUGGAGUUGUUUCAGAAGAGCCCGAGAAAGGUUAAGCUUAUAGAGGAACGGCAAAAUGGUCGAAUUUCAGGCACGACAACAACAUGUUCUUCAGAUGCAGUUCAAAAACGUCUUUAUCCCAAGGACGACUCUUCAUUCCGUUUGCUAAGCAAUCAAGAGAACGAUUCAAAUUUCAACGACUUUUCUUCCACUUUGUCGUCAAUUGAAUCGGAAGAAGACCACGAAGAACGUCGCCAAAGCUUAAACGAACUAGCAUUAAAUCUAUUUGAAAACUUUGCAUCAAAGUUGUCGACCUCGAUCAUUCAAACAGCAACUAGAGACAUCGUUGGGGAUCUACAAGGCAUUGACGAAGAAUCUACUCUUCACAAUGCAAGUGAAUCAAGAGAUACUGGCAUGUCUACUGAAGUCAAUGUUGACGAUAGGUUUUCUGAUAGUGAUAGCGACAUAGAGUACAAUGACUGGUAUGACAUGGACAAACAACUAGAGGACCAGUUGUACGAAUUAGAUUUAAUUGACAACGAAGACGAUGCAGAAUCAAUGAGAACCUUGUCAGACAUGGCAGAAGACAUCACGUCAAACGUAUUACGUACGGCAGCAUCUGCUGCUGUCACUCAACUCGAGUCACCAGCCCUGGAUGAUGCUCUUAAAGAACAAGGAGAAGGAGGCAUUGAUUAUGCGGUUAAAAGUAUCAUAGAAUACGACAUCACUGAUGAUUACCUGGAAAGUAAUCAGGAAACUAUUGAGAUGAUCGCGUCCAAUAUGUCUACAAAUAUUAUUCAAGCUGUAUUCGAAGAAGUAUUUUCCAAGUCAACCUCAGAGAGCUCAAGCUACAUUCAUUUAGAAGAUGAUUUUACUAGAAGCAGUGAUCAGUGUGUUGAAAUCAUACAGUAUGCUGAGGUACUUACAGAACACUUGCUAGAAACAAGUAUAGCUAUUGCAAGUGCUAGUGUAUGGUCAUGUGAUGAAAGCAAUGCUAUCUCGACUAGUGUAUGGUCAUGUGAUGAAGGCAAUGCUAUUGGUGUUCAAAUGGAAGUUGUUUUACAAUGGUUGGCCGCAUCAGCUGUAAGUUGUCCUGCUUUGACGUUCCAUACCAUGGAAGACAGGAGAUUGGACAAGUUGUCGAAAGUUCAACAGACGUUAAGAAAGAACCAUUUACGAGUGUGUGACGUCUUGGAGAUCGUUUUGCGUUACAUCGACAGAGCAGAUGCGCGUGAUCUCUUUGAGUUUUUACUUGAUAAUUUAAACUGAGAGUCGAUGCCGUAGGUGCAUGCAUUCCACAAAAAGAUCGGGAUUUAACGAAAUUCAGAGAUCUAAUAGCAAUGGAGAUCAAGGAAACACUAAAAUAUGAGGAAUUUCUUAAAAUGGGUGUGAUAAUACCAUGAUCGUUUCGUGUAUAUAACAUUGCUGUUGCUAUGGCACUGUGGCAAUUCUUUUUAUUUGAGCAAAUAAAAUUUCAUAUUUUUUUAUAUUCUAUAAAAUGCGCUAAUACAUCAAUCGAACAACCUGCCCACAACCCUGUGAAUACCUGGUAAUUAACGGUAUUUUCCGAUGCUGUUAAAAUAGUAUUAAAUCCCCGGGAUUUAAGGGGCGUGACUUCAUUGAUGAGAUACAUUACCCUCUAUAUGCAAGAAGAUGCAUAAAAAAUGGGUUGUCAUGCUAAAUUUAAUGUUAAAGUAGUCGAAUAUCGUACCGUAAUACAAAUGGUUAAAUAUCCUUUUUGGGGCACCGAAAAAAAAACAUUGAGGCGAAUCUUUUUUAAUUACGAAUGUAGACCUUAUUAAAAUAGGGCUUAUUAAAAAGGCUCUUUUCACGCAAAGAACAGACGUGCCAAUAACAUAAAAAAAUUGUCAUGGAAAUGAUUAAAAAACAAACGAGUUUUAGGAACCAUUAGUGCUUGCAUUACUUAUCUAUCGGGACGCAGUGUGAAUUAUUUUCCCAUGGAGUUCAAAGACUACUUUAUUGGAUCAGUUUGUCUCGGGUAUUAUCCUCUAAUAAAGCAUAGAGCGCAAGCUAA